GUCACAUCAGCUUUCAUGUAUGCAGUUCGUUUGAACAUAACACUUGACUUUUUAUCUUCAGGAACUGUGAUUCGCACGUCCAUGGUGAAAAUGCUGGAGUUUGAGAAAGACUUCAUGUGUUCAAAAUGUAGGCAUCCUUUCAGUGUACAGGCAUCAUUUGAAAAGUACUACAGCGAGUGCAAGCCGGACGCGUGCCCAAACCCAGAAGGCUGUGGCUCAAACAAAUUCACUUGUCUCUCCAGUGCCGGCUUGGGGUCACCGACGAGUUGCCGCGACUACCAAGAGAUCAAGAUACAGGAACAAGUCCAGAAGCUGGCCGUUGGAACGAUACCGCGGUCCAUGUGGGUAGUGCUGGAAGAUGAUUUAGUGGACAGUUGCAAGGCAGGGGAUGAUGUCACUAUCAGUGGUAUCGUGUUGCGUAGAUGGCGUCCCGUUUACGUUGACGGCAAGUGUGACGUGGAGCUCGUGCUGCGAGCCAACCACAUCGUAGUGAAGAACGACCAGAGAGGAUCAGUCACCGUCACUGAUGAAAUGAGGCAAGAGUUUGAGGAAUUCUGGGAGAAAUAUAAAUAUUCCCCUUUUACAGGUCGCAAUGUGAUUCUUGCCAGCCUCUGCCCCCAGGUCUACGGUCUGUACGUUGUCAAGCUCGCCGUUGCCAUGGUGUUGGCUGGAGGUGUGGCCUAUUCCCACCAAUCAGGAACCAGGACCCGGGGGGAGUCCCACCUAUUACUAGUUGGGGAUCCAGGGACGGGGAAGUCGCAGUUCCUGAAGUAUGCAGCCAAGGUGGUGCCCCGCUCCGUCCUGACCACGGGCAUCGGGUCCACCAGCGCCGGACUGACGGUGUCGGCAGUGCGGGACUCCGGGGAAUGGCAGCUUGAAGCCGGGGCGUUGGUGCUUGCCGAUGGAGGAAUAUGCUGCAUUGAUGAGUUCAACAGCAUCCGUGAGCAUGACAGGGGCAGCAUACACGAAGCCAUGGAGCAACAAACAAUUAGUGUUGCCAAGGCUGGAUUGGUCUGCAAGUUGAACACGCGCACCACGAUCCUGGCCGCCACCAACCCAAAGGGGCAGUACGACCCCAACGAGUCGAUCAGCGUCAAUGUCGCCCUCGCUAGUCCACUCUUGUCCAGGUUUGACCUGGUGCUGGUGUUGUUGGAUUCGCAGAACGACGAUUGGGACAAGAUCGUGUCUUCGUUUAUCCUGGACGGCAAGUCCCCUGGGCCUCAAGGAACCUCUAACGAUUGUCUGUGGAGUAUGGAGAAGAUGCAAGCCUAUCUGUGUCUCAUAAAGACCAUCACUCCGACGUUGUCUCCUGAUGCUAACAAGGUAUUGUCGCGGUACUACCAAGCCCAGCGCCAAGCAGACCAGCGUAACGCGGCCCGGACCACCAUUCGUCUUCUGGAGAGCACGGUGCGCUUGUCCCAGGCCCACGCCCGGCUCAUGUGCCACGAUAACGUCAUGGUGCAGGACGCUGUGGCUGCGGUCAGCGUCAUGGAAUCCACAAUGCAGGGGGCUGCAUUAUUAGGAGGGGUCAACGCCCUCCAUACAUCCUUCCCUGACGAGCCAGAGAUGGAGUAUCGAACACAAGCCGAGUUGAUCCUGUCCCAUCUUGGCCUUCAAGACGUCUUGCAGACCGAGCUUCAACGUCUCCAAGACCUGGACAGAGAACGCUCGCUCCUCGAGGACCCACGAGCUCCAGACCAGAUGACAAUUGACACUAACAUCACAGAACUCACAGAGACAACGGUUGCGGGUAGAUUGGAUGCAUCGGUUGAUCUGUUUAGCCAAAGCGUCGCUGGAAACGAAUCCUCAACCUCACCGAAGAAUUUCAACGAUACAAUUGAAAGUACAGGCACUGGCAAGCCAGGUUGUUCAACGGCCAGAAAGACCAGCACAUCAUCCAGAAAAGUUUUCGGGGAAUUGAGAGGACCUACAAGGACACGCAUUGGAGAUACAAGUCCAUCAACAAGUAAAGCAGCUAGAGAAAUUAGCGAAUCAACUAGGAAAAAUGCCAUAGACAGCAGAAUAUCAACAAGGAAAUCGGUGGAAGAAGCUAGUGGAUCACCAGAUGGUACAACAAGAAAGACUUCUGGGACAAAAACUAGUGGAUCAAGUAGGGGACCAGUUGGGACCGAGCGAUCGUCAACAGAGAAGUGUAGGGAAAGGCGACAUAGUGAAGCGACUGGCAACGUCAUAGGUCAAAAAUCCAGCUCAAAAGCCAAAACUGGCUCAAUAAAAAUUCCACAUUCUGAGAAAAGCAGUUCCAGUGAUAAAUCGGCGGCAAGGAGUAGAACGGAAUCCCCAUUGAUGAUGGAUGAGGAUGGGGAUGUCGUCAUGGCAACCCUAUCCCAGCAUUCCCUGGGAGGUCCAGCCAUCAUGGAGAGCACUCGCAUCGACGAGCCCGUCGACGACCCAAGGAAAAAUCUCUUCACUCUUGACGAAGAUCUUGACAGCCUGGUCUCCACGCCCGAGAUUUUGAAAGAAAGCAAAACCACAGAGGCUGGCGUUUCUUCAGAAAUCAGAUCAAUGCUGAGUAACUUUCAGAGGAAGCCUACAGAGCCACGGGUUAUAGGGAGACAAUCAAUUCAAGCAUGCCAAGAGAUUCCACCGGGGACUUCUAAGCAGAGAGAAUCAACAACAGAAACCGAGAGCAGGAGUUCUAAAAACGCCAAGAUCUCCAAGAGAAGGUUGAGCUCAGAUGAAGAAACGUCAUCAUCGGCCAAAACGAGCCACAGACACAAAAGCACCGAAAGCAAGAGAAUGAAAUGCGACAGAAAGAAUCAGUCAAAGGGGUCCAGGAGUUCCUGCUCUUCUGUGGAGAUAAUCCAAUCUCCCGACGGGGUGAAAAAUCUGGACAAGUCGUCGGCCACUCCCGGAAAAAUUGCAUCCUCGACCAUGUCCAAGCUGAGCAGGUUUACGUUUACCUCCCCCACUGACAAACAGGACUCUUCAAAUGAUGGCGUUCACCAGGAGACACGUAGCAGAGAUAGUGACCCAAAAUCACCCCCUCUGUGCAACAGGGAGCGGUCCAAAGGUCAGAGUUCAAAGUUCACCACUGAAGUAGAGAGUCAGGGGGUGACUAAGUCGGACAGGAGGAACGGAGAACUCUCUAAGACCGGAGCGGGUAUUAACCAGAGCCUGUUCACGACGGGGGAAAGUCUGGACCAGAUCGAUUUGGAUCUGGAUUUUGGGAACUAGGAUCAAUAGUUGGGACAGAGACAAAGAUGGUGUAUAAAGUGUACAUUGUAUCAAUGAUGUAUAGAUGGAUUGCAUUCAGAAGCCAUCUUUGGGGCGUGUUUAGUGUUAAUUCAUUCAUGCACAAGUGGCCAACUCGUGUGUUUCCCUGUUGAACAAAAGCAUACACCUCAAAGAUGUUUGCAGUGCAAACGAUUUAUAUCAAAGACGAUGUCAACAUUUGUUUAGGCCAAAAAAAAAAAAGUCUCC